AAGAUGAUAGACGUGAUCAGGUUGCUGAAAGUUCAUUGUUACGGGUGGAAACGCAUGUUGUUGAUGAUGUGUCUGAUUAUGAUAUUGCUCCGGUGAAUCCUCCAAACGAUGAAUAUGUAUCAGAUGGUGAUGUAGAAGCAAACCGUGAGGAUGAGAAAUAAGUUAUAAGGUUGUAAAAUAUAUUGUAAGGUUGAAAAAUAAUUUGUAAGAUUGUAAAAUAUAUUGUAAGGAUGAAAAAUAAUUUGGUAGGUUGUAUAAUAUUUUUGUAAGAUUAUGGAAUAUGUAUAAAGGUUGAGAUAUGUUGUUGUUGUAGGAGGAGAGGUUGAUGGGUAAGAGUUUAGGGGUUAUAGUUUAGGGGUUAGAGGUUUGGUGUUUCGCGAAGGUGAUUUAAACAAGGCCACGCUAACUUUCGUGGCUACACAGUGGCUAUGACAAAUCCAAUCGGUUUGCCUCCAAUUUAUUUGGUUUUGGCUCCACAAUUGUUUUUCAUUUCGCGGUUGAUAUUAAACCAAAGCCACUGUAAUUUCGUGGGAUUUUCGUGGCUAUGACGAAAUUUGGCAAAACCAUUCGGUUUGGCUCUAAUUUAUUUGGUUUUGCCUCCAAUUGUUUUACAAUUCGCAGGUAUUAUUUAAACCGAGCCACGGUUUGCUACGGUUUGAUUGUGGCUAUGCUGAAAGGGUUUUAAUCUUUUCCCCUUUCUUCUCAACACUUAGACAAAAAACAAACUCUCUCCCGAGUCGCCACCGACGAAACCAAUUGUCCUCUCCGAUUCGAAGACUCGUCGUCUCUGAUUCCAAGCCGCGACGUCUCUCGUUCCCUUCUGCUCUCAAGGUAACCCUCUAAUUCUUCUUCGAGAAUCAUCUCGUCUCGAUCUAGGUUUUCGAUUGCUUUUUUUUUUCCUUAGUCUUCUCGAUCUAGGGUUUCGAUCACUUCGUUCAGUCUUUGUCACUUGAAUGUUCUUGUUGCAUGUUUGGUUUUUGUUUCUGAUUUAGGGUUUCAAUUUUUUUCUGUUGUUACUGUCGAUUUUUUUCUUAGGGUUUCGAUUUCUCUCGAUUGUCUCUGUCUUAGAGUUGUCUCUGUUUCUUAGGGUUUCAGUUUCUUUCUGUUUUGUCUCUGUCUCUCUUAUUUUGUUUUUUUUCUCUGCCUUUAAUAUUUCGAUUGUAUAAUAUUCAAACUAAUGGUUCUUUUACAUCUCAUAGUUGUUCGAUUAGGGUUUGUUUCUGUGAUAGAGUUGUUCGAUUAAGCCAAAGCGAUUUGGUUAGCAGUAUUGUCUCUGUCUCAUAGUUUUGUUGGACACUCUUAUGUGUCUUUGUUGUUCCAAUUUCUCUUUGUCUCUGUGGGUUUUCGAUUAAACUUAUACUUUCUUUAACUUUUUCUUCUGUUAACUGCAGAUGGCCUCAAGAAGAGGACAAGGGACAUCUCCUCCUAUGCCUCCUGGUGCCACGGGAGUCAACCGGACAAGCUUCAUCCUCCCGUUCAAAUAGCUAUCUGUAAAUGUCUCUCAAUGCCAUGUUCAAUGCUCCUGCUAGGAUAUCCCAGCCACACCUCCAUCCUGAUAAGCUCAAUGGAGCUUUAUGGUUCUCUAUUGACCCAUCAGUGAAUGCUUUCAUCCGUGCAACAUGGCAAGCAUACUACAUGGGACCUUGGAAGAGUUGGAGGUCUGUCCCUGACGAAAGGAGGGAUUCAUGGUGGCAGACGUUUGUGCAAAAUUUCUACUGGGAGCAACAGUUUAAUGACUUGGUCUAUGCUCUCUGGAAGAAGGAAACAUGGACUUCGAUUGGUGAACGGAUUAGCACCAAGAAGAGGAAAAACAAGCAGCCAAAGUACAUCAAUGAGAAUGACUGGACGACCCUUAUGAAGUAUUGGGCGACAGAACCAGCCAAGAAGAAGAGCAAAGACGCUGCUAAAAGCCGCAAGUCUGACCCUCUGGGUAAAGGGGUAUACAAGAACAAUGCAGGACCGGUUGGUUUUGCAAGAAUUGAAUACAACAUGGUAAUUUCCCUUGUCUUUAUUUCUUACACAUUUGCCUAAAUAAUUUUUUUUCCUUUUUUUUGGCAGACGGUUGAGACUGGUGAACCUCCAUCCUACACAAACCUUGUCAGGAGGAUACACACGAAAAAGGAUGGGACUUUUGGGGACUAUCGUGCGGAAGAACUGGUAACUCAAGCUGAGAUGGAAGCUACUCAGGUCUCUAACACUAACAGUGAUGGAUCACCUCAAAGUCCAUCAGCAACCUCAGCUCCUUCUCGCAUUUUGUUAAACCAAGCUUAUCUGAAGGUAUGUUUUCAAACUCUUGUCAUGUGUUUUGUUUCCUCUAUAGAAUUAGGUUCCAAUAAAAAUAUAUCAAGUGUUUGUUGUUGAUAGUUUUGUUGUCUAUGGAGUUGCAAUUAUGAUUUUUUCUGUCUGUGGAGUUAGAAUUAGGAGUUUUGUUGUCUGUGGAGUUGGAAUUAGGUGUUGUCUGAGUCUGGUUCCUCUAUAGACUCAUCUUGUUGUAUGUGGAGUUGUUUUUGACUGAAUAUGCUUUGUGUUUGCUCUCAGAAUGCUAAAGGUAAGAGGGGGCAUGUCUACGGACUCGGCAGUGCCCAGUAUAGGGAACAUGCGCCAUCUGCAAGAGUCCCUGCUUCUCUGGCCCGCAACUUGGAGCUGGAGUUGCGUGUGAGUGGACUAGAGACAAGCUUGCAAAGUGUGACUGCUGAUGUAAGUGCAGUGAAGGCUGAUGUAGGUGCUGUGAAGGAGGAUGUGGCAACAAUGAAGGAGGACUUCGCAGCAACAAGGGCUUCAAUCACUGAGCUCAUCCAAUCACUUCGACCCCAAGCUAACCCUCAGCAACAACCCCCUUCUACUCAGGCUCAAGACCCUUCGACUCAGGCUUAGAUUCAUGUUUAGCAUCUUUCUAUCUAAUCUUAAAACUCUCUUUUGGCUUUUAGAUGCAUGUGUAGCAUCUUUUGAUCUCUUAUGUACCAUCCUUUUGUUCUUAAGACUCAAUGCACUUGUUUAAUAUCUAAUCUUCUUAUGUUUAGCUUUUGUAAACCAACUUUCUUAUGAUUAUAACUUCAUGUUUAAUUUAAAUUGUGUUUUAGGGUUAAAAUUAGAAAUUGAAAUAGAAAUUGAAAUAGAACCAGAAUUUAAAAAAACAUGGUUAACACUAGCCACGACAAAAUCGUGAGUACAUAGCCACGAUACUAACAAGAAAAAACAGUGGUUAAGUAUUCCCACGAAAAUAUAGUGGCAAUCUUCGUGGCUAAAACUUCCCACGAAAAGAUAGUGGCAAUCUUCGUGGCUAGGCAUAGCCACGAUCUAGACAGGGUAAAACAGUGGUUAAAAAAAGCCACGAAAGAAUCGUGGUGAAACCGUGGCUAAUAAGCCACGCUAAGCCACGGUUUUUCGUAGUCACGAAGCUAUAGCCACGGUAGUUUCUCGACAUACAAUCGUGGCUGGUAAUCAGAUAGCCACG